AUGUCCGACAACACUGAGCUGAGCGAUGCGGACAAGAUCCGUUUGAAGCGACUGGCAAGGCUUGGAACAUCAACACCAACUCAGCAAGAUGGGCAAACGAGUGGUCAAGCAUCCCCUUCACCUACUGCUACCCCAACUACCACGCAUACGCCCGCGUCUGCUGGAUCCCGACUACUGUCCACACCUCAACCAACUCCUUCAACCUCUUCUUCUCCUGCGGCUUCUUCGAGCAAGCCAAUACAAAUUGCGUCAGUUUCCAAGCCUGCAGCAGAAAGAAACAGCACCAAAACACCGACUCUCGCCCUUGGCAAGCGCCCCACUUCAUCAACACCCACCAGCGAGUCUGUAGGGCCCAGAGUGGUACCCUCAAAAGCAUCGAGUCACCUUGCCAGGGUAGAUUACAAACAGUGGGAAACCAAGAAAGUUGGAGAGGUGUUUUCCGUCACAUUGAGCAAACAGAAAGCUAUUGAGAUUGACUGGAGAUUAUGCUGGCUGAAAGGGUUGGAAGAGGAGUUGAUCGAAGAAAGUGAGUGCCCUCAAAAUUCAUUCACCAACGACGAGAAGACGACCUGGACAGCGGCUUUUGAGAAGCUGAAGGCUUUGGUGAUCUCGUAUUGUGGUAUGACAUUGGAGGAUCCAACUAUGUUCCCUCAGCCGAAAGACAAACCUGUCGGACCUGCUGAAUUUCUACCGCUUCUUCUUGCCAUCGAUGUACCAUCGAGUACAAAUGGCGAUCAGUACACAUCAUCGGCUCAGUCGUCUGCUCCACCUAAGCCUGGCGCUCUAUUCGGUGCAGACUUGCUCCCAUUCCUCAAUGACCUGGCCAUUGGCUUCCCUAGCGAUACCAUGGCCGACGUGAUCACCCCUACCCUAAGUUUGUUUUUCCAAGAAUGGUAUAAGAUCACUCCGACACCGGAUAUCAUGGGUGCGGAUUGGAGAAGAUACCUAGGCGCUGUGGCGUUGCUGGUCCAAGUCAAAUCCAUUGCUGCUUUGUCUCUUCUGGGUCCACUUACCAGAUUAAAUGUGUUCCCACGAGAAUUCCCUGAGAUCUGGAAGACCUACUUCUCGAAUCCUACCGAGCGAAAGAAAGAAGACAUAGAGGCCAACAAGAGCAAUCUACGAUAUACCCUAGGCGGUCUGCAUGGAUCACUUUUCAACAUAUACAAUGCGAUUGUUCGCGCUUCCCCGGAGUCGAGGGAGGGUAUACUCGAUUUCUUCGCUUUGACUAUCAAAUUGAACGAGAAGCGAGCAGGAAUGAGGAUUGAUAAGGUCGAUCCUGCUUAUUACAAAACGUCGAAGAGGGUGGAUAUAACAGAGGAAACCAAGAUAAGAGGAACUAAAGAGGAAGCAGAUGAAUAUUCUGGUGGUUCAAUGGAAGAGAUUGAGAAGGAGCUGAAGCGGGCUGAAGCUCAAAGAUCGUCGUGGGCUGGAAACCCGGCAAUGGAAACACAGGGGGAGGCCGCAAUCAAGAAAUUGAAAGCACCUCUGGAAUUCCGAAUGUUACCGGAAUACCUGUUCGACAAUAUUACCGAAUACUUCGAUUUCCUUGCUAGAUACAAUCCCGAUGCCUUGGACGAUGCUGAUAAGGACAUCGUGAUCACCUUCGUGGUAACGUUCCUCUCGCCCAACUACGUCAACAACCCAUUCUUAAAGGCCAAGCUUGUUUCGAUACUGUCUUACGGUCUUUGGCCUAUGGGCUACUGGCGUAAAGGGGCUUUGUUCGAUCGACUGAGCGUGCAUAGCUUGUCUACCGAAUACCUGAUGCCCACAUUGAUCAGAUUCUUCAUUGCAACUGGUGGACAUACUCAAUUUUGGGACAAAUUCAACUUUAGACGGGAUAUUCAGCGCAUUUUCAAGUCUAUGUGGGAGAAUCCUCUUCAUCGAGAGGCCUUCGUCAAGUCAAGACAUGACGACUUCGACCAAUUCAUCCGAUUCGUUAACAUGCUUAUGAGUGAUACUACCUUCCAUCUCGAGGAAUCUCUCACCGGAAUGGCCAAGAUUGCGUCAAUCCAGACGCAGCAGGCGAACACUGAAGCAUGGGCAGCACUCCCUCAAAACGAAAGGGAAGAUCAGGAGAGUCAGCUUCGACAGGCCGAGAGCUCCGCUCCGUUCCAUACACAGAUGGGUCUUGAGAAUGUCAAGUUGAUCAGGGAUAUCACUGCGACGACUAAGGAGCCAUUUGUAACCUCAGAGAUUGUUGAUCGAUUGGCCGCUUCUCUUGACGAGAACCUCGCUGUUCUGGUGGGGCCGAAAAUGUCCGAAUUGAAGGUCACGAAUCCCGAGAAAUACUCAUUUAAACCGAAGGAUUUGCUUGCUGCAAUCGCUCAGAUCUAUCUCAACUUAGGGAAUGAACCAGAGUUCAUACGAGCGGUAGCCAACGAUGGUCGAAGUUAUUCCAAGGAGUUGUUCGAGAAGUUCGCACGAUUGUUGAAGCACCGAGCUAUCAUGACUGAUGCUGAGGUCGCAGAGGUGGUCAGCUUUACGCAGAAGGUAGAGGAUAUGAAAGCCACUAUCCAAAUGGAGGAUGAGAGAGAGGUUCCAGAUGAGUUCCUUGACCCCUUGUUAUCAACUCUGAUGAAAGACCCAGUCAUCUUGCCUGUAUCUCGUGUUGUGAUCGACCGAGGUACCAUCCGAACUGUCCUGCUUUCCAAGGAAGUGGACCCUUUCAACAAUGUACCUCUGAAAUACGAGGAUUGUAUACCUGAUACCGAGCUCAAAGCCAAGAUCGAUGCUUGGCUGGCCGAAGGCAACACCCAAAAGGCAGCUGAUGUCAUGGAUGUGGAUCAACUGUAG